GAAGUGGUAUUAUGUAAAUUUUCAAGAUAUUGAAAAUUAAGUGUUAAAAUGUAAACGUUAAGGUCUGUUUUAAUAGAGUAGAGCCGAUAGAUUGUUAUCUUUUCUGUCUGUUAAACCGUUCGAGACAUCUGCAUUCAUUCAUGGAUUCAAAUUUCGUUGGUUCAUUCGUCCAUUCAUAAUAUUUCAAGUCAGUUGCAAAAUAACACUGAAGGAGAGUAGACGUUCGUGUGGACAAAUAUUGAAAUUGUGAUUUGAAAUUUAGUGAAUUUUCGUUUAAAGGAAGUGUAUUAACAGCAAUUUGUAGUACGAGAUUUUAUAUAUUUUAAUGACUUACACACUCUCCGUCUUCACGAUGCCGACCCAGGUCCGAUGCGACAGAGUGCCGCCAGCACACGAGAGCCAGUGGGGGGCUCUCGACUUGAGGGUGUUGCAGGAAGACGAUCUCCCAUUAGACCCUCGGUCCUGGUGUCGCGCUGACGUCGGCGCGUGGGUGUCGCGGCGCGGUGGCCUCCCGGAGCGUUUCCCGAUGAACGGGAAGGCCCUGUGUCUGAUGUCCAGGGACAUGUUCGCUUCGAGGGUUCCAAACAAAGGAUUUGAACUGCAUCAGGACUUCCGAAGGAGACUGGCCAAAGCUCUGGCGCUACAGGACUUCUUCGAGAAGAUGUCCAAAAACUAACAUCCACCAGAAUGUGUUCCCGCGGUAUCAUCUUAAUGUCGACGGAAGCGAAUGUAGAUACUAGCUUAUACUGAAUUAAUCUUAGAGGCUUUUAUACAUAAUUUUCGAUAUAGUACGAUUUUUUUGUCCUACCUAAGCUGAUAGCCUUGAGAGGUUAUUUCAGAGUAAACUUAACUAGUAGGUGAGCUCACGGGGCUCAAACCGGAGUGAUGCUAACCCCAGCAAGAGCUGUGCUACGCAGAAUCUACCGACGGAUCGGAAACGCGACCCACUGAGAAGAUUCGGCGAAAAACUCAGUGGGCUGUGUCUGUGGGUUAAUGCGCUCGACGAGCCCUUCGUCACAAGCGACGGGUUCGACAAAGACGUUGACCGGUGCUUAUGGUACCUAAAAGCACCGUUAAUGGAUCGGGAGGUACUAUAGAAACAUUACUUAUAACAUUGUAAUUCAGUAAUGCCCCAAUAACGCGGUACUCUUAUAACGCAUUUUUAUAUUACGCGAUUUCAGUCCCUAGUAUAACACGGAUAGAAUAACCCCGUAUAACCGGGGAUUUCACGCGUUAUAUGUGAGGCCGUCAGCGCAAAAGUGGCCUAAGCUUACGAUAGUUAUUAUGGAGCAAUGAGGUUUAUGUUUUCAAGAAUUUGAAUUUAAUAAAACAAUACGCCCAAAAGUAAUAUUUACAAAGUCAUCUAUCUAUGGGUGAAGCUAUGGAAUUAUAGAUAGGCCGGUUUUGCAUCAAAAUUGAUUAUAUUUUAAAUAAAUGGAAAUAUACGUAUAAGCAUGAUUAUGAAAAAUUGUGGGUUAGGCCACUUUUGCGCUGACGGCCUUAUUUCUGUUCUCUGAAAUUUAUAAUGAUUUGCACAGUUCAUAAUUAAUUUACGCAUACCUUUGCACAUUGCCUCAAUUGUGUUAUUAUACAACAAAAUAAAUUUAUUAAAUUUGUGUUCCUAGUUUUUGAAUUAUAAAUACAUUGGUUAUAUUGUAUUAUAUUUGUACAAAACGCGUUAUCGGGCGUCAUACAUUCGCGUUAUGCUCUAUGUCUAUACCCUCUAUAACACGGUAGAUUGCUACCGUGUUAUAAAGGGAUUAGUGUACUAUGGAAAUUAAAGACCGGACGCACAUUGACCCGAAACUUCCAAAAAUAUGCAGCGACCAACAAUGCGGCUCGCACAUUUUCCAUUCGAACCCGGCGAACCUCACAAACGCGGGUACUUGCAAAAAUAUUGUAAUCAGUAUCUAUGUAUAAAUAAAUAAAAAAUGUGUAUCCUUUAAAAGUUCCUAAACUGUUAGUCCGAUUGUGACGGUAAUUAGUGCAGUUGUGGUCACUCCGCGGGGAAGUCCCGAUACAUUACUAUCUUCUUACGAAUGGGAUGCGCGGGUAGUUAAAAAAAAGUUUAAAAAAAGGGUAUUUUUCAUACAAUUAGCGGAAGAAGCAGUGAAAAGUGAUCACAUUUCACUACUUGAUAGUUUCUUAACAUGAUUGUGUCAGAAGUGAUCAAUGUAACAACGUCUUCAUCAUUAAUUCGCAUAUAUUAAAUAUCGCGCAAUGUAUUGCAAAAUACAAAAUAAUAACGUUGUCCUCAAAUCGGAAACAUCAGCUAAUAAUGUUUAUUAAUCUCACUAUUAAUAUUGUAGUUCGUAAUUCAUAAUAAAUAUAGUAUUAAAUAUAUCUAGUCAAGGCUCUUUUAGUAAUAAAUAAUAUGUUACAAGCGAA